ACCAUUUUUUAACUAGAACCCUAAAAUAGAAUUUAACUAGAACCCUAAAAUCGAAUCGAAGCACCUCAGCAAUGGAGAUGCAAAAGGAAUUCGAUCGUCUCCUCUUUUUCGAACGCGCUCGGAUGAGUGCUGAAACCUCCUAUGCUGAGAAUCCCCUUGAUGCUGAUAACUUGACGAGGUGGGCACGUGCAUUGCUGGAUCUAUCACAGUACCAGCAGGGAGCCGAAUCGAAACAAAUGAUUUCUGAUGCAACCUCAAAGUUGGAGGAGGCAUUGACUUUGAACCCUAAAAAGAAGCAUGAUGUGCUUUGGUGUUUGGGAAAUGCCCAUACUUCACAUGGUUUUUUAAUUCCUGAUAAUGAUGAAGCUGCUUUUUACUUUGAAAAAGCAGCUGAGUUCUUUCAGCAGGCACUUGAUGCGGAUCCCUCUAAUGACCUUUACCGCAAAUCUUUGGAACUUACUGCUAAGGCUCCAGAAUUGCACAUGGAAAUCCACAGACAUGGUCCCAUGCAACAAACUAUGGCAGCAGAACCUUCAACAUCGACAAGCACAAAGAGUUCAAAGAAGAAGAAGAGCAGUGAUCUCAAUUUUGAUAUUUUCGGAUGGGUCAUACUUGCCGUUGGCAUUGUUGCAUGGGUGGGAUUUGCAAAAUCCAAUCCACCACCACUACCACGUCCACAAUGAAACCCACAAUACAGCUUUACUGGUGAAGACACUCUAUUAGAGUUUUUCCUUUUGUAUAAACAGGGCGCUAGGCAUUUUAUACCUGUCAUAUAGCUAGUUACUGAAACUUUAAAACUUUCUGGUGAAAACUUUAAAGACUUUUUUUUCUGGUGUAAUAGAUCAAUCAAGACUGUUUUUCUUCUAA